CCCAUCAAUCAAUCAACCAACAAACUCUCUCGACUGCUGCAUUGCAUGACUUCACACUUUAUUUCUUACUCCGUCCGUACGUUCAAAUCAAACCAAAACGUCGUCGUUUCAACUUUCAAAUUUUUACUUCUCUGUUUUCAAACUAGUUAUGAAUGAAUAUUAAUGGAACUAUUACUUUAUUUAUUUAUGCUUUCUUUUUUUCUUCUUUGUAGACGAAGUGGUAAACAUCAUUGAAACUGAAUACUCAGACACAACUGCGAGGUCUCGGGUUUUGCGAGUUAAAUGGCGCCAUCACUAACACAAGCUUGUUGUGUGGAAGAAAUAGUUGGAGAUUUUAAAUGGGGGAACAAAAGAGGAAUUGGUGUGAAGAAUAAAGAUACACAGUUCUAUGAUUCUUUUGUUUAUGAAGGUGUUGAGUAUUUUCUACAUGAUUGUGUUUAUUUUUACCACACUGAUCAUGUUGAAACUUCUAUUGGUAUGCUUGUCAAGAUGUUUGAGAAUGGUCGUAGAAAGAUGAUCAGAGUUGUUUGGUUCUUUCGUCCUUCGGAAAUUCGGAGUUUUCAUCGAAGUUAUCAGCCGAGUUGGAAUGAGUUGUUCUUGGCUUCUGGGAAAGGCAAAGGUCUUACCAAUGUCAAUUCCGUGGAAUCAAUUCUUGGAAAAUGCUGCAUAGUUUGCAGUUCAGAGGAUAAGAGAAAUCCCAAGCCAUCUGAAACAGAGUUAAAGAGAGCAGAUUUCUUUUUCAAAUGUACUUUCGAUGUUGAUAGGCUUGUAAUCGAUGAUAAAUUUCCAGAUAAGAUUGAUGGAAUUGAAGUGGAGCAAUUCUUUAAUAAGAAGAGGGAUAGAAAGACAGGUAACAGUGUGCAUCUUGAGGCAAAUAAAAUGUCUAAAGAUAUCACAAAGAUAAAGAUAAAGACUAUAACAUCGGAGAAUAUUAAACAUGAGGUUAAGACUAAGACCGCUCCUUCAGACAUCCUGCGUUGUAAAGUUGAAGGAACAGCUUCUGAGAUUGUCUCACCAAAGACAUUGUUAGAUUCUUCUCCAUUUAAAAAGAGGAAGGUCUUUGAAGAGAAGUCAAGACUUGGUCAUAGUAGCAACUCUCAAAAGAAAAAGGAAUUUAAUGAGAAGAAAGAGUUGCGACAGGAUGACAGUUAUAAUCCAACCAGGAAAGUUACGGAGGUGACUGAAAGGCCGAAUGCAGAGAAAAGAAAGUGGUUUAAGAAAAUGGUGAGUUUUUAUUUCUUUACUUUUAUUCUGGACUUUUGGUUCAGGUUUUGAUCAACAGCUUGGAUUUAUCAGUAAAGUGUUUUUCUUUGUAAUUUGGAUAAUAGAGAAAGGAGCUCAUAACUUGAGCUUGUAGAUUACU